AGGCAGCCGCAGCAGCAAAAUACAGUGAAAAUAAAAAUGAAUUUGUUACAACGUGCGUUGGUGUUUACUGGAGGACAUAUCAGUCGAUAUCAGGCAGUGAUAGCGGUCAAUUCAGUUGGCAAGAACGCGCGAUUCUACUCUACUACCGACGAUAAUAUGGCUGCUCCCGAGGAAAGUGUCGUGGCGAAGGAUGAGAUGAAACGCUUCAUGGUGGAAUGUAUGACAAAAGUCGGAGCAACCGAAUCCCACGCCACACAGCUCGCUCUCGUCCUUCUAGAAGGAGACAUUCGAGGACAUUACUCUCACGGGCUCAAUAGAUUAGACAUGUACGUCCGAGAUAUCGAACAAAACGUGUGCAAAGGAGACGGGGAGCCGAUUAUUCUGAAGGAAAAAGCCGGAACCGCGUGGGUCGAUGGAAACAACCUUCUCGGGCCAGUCGUCGGAAAUUUCUGUAUGGAUUUGGCAAUUGAGAAGGCUAAGAAUGCAGGAAUCGGAUGGGUUGUAGCGAAAGGAUCCAAUCACUACGGUAUUGCUGGAUGGUACGCGUUGCGAGCGAUGAAGAAGGGAAUGUUGGGAAUGUCCAUGACGAACACCUCGCCAAUUUCCUUCCCGACCAGAAGCGCCGUCCCCGCACUCGGAACUAAUCCAAUCAGUUUAGCAGCUCCUGGAACUGGUGAUGACUCUUUUGUACUUGAUAUGGCUUCAACAACAGUUGCUAUUGGAAAGGUCGAAUUGGCCGCUAGAAAGGAGAAUCCAGUACCAUUGUCAUGGGGAGUUGGAGAAGGUGGCAAAGAAACAACUGAUCCGACGAAGGUUCUGUAUGGAGGAGGACUACUUCCAUUGGGUGGAGUCGAAGUUAGCGGCGGCUACAAGGGAUAUGGUCUGAGUUCGAUGAUCGAGAUAUUCUGUGGAAUAUUGGCUGGAGCUCAUUGGGGUCCUCACGUUCGAAAAUGGAUGAGCACAAAGUCGGAAGCUGAUUUGGGACAAUGCUUCGUGGCAAUCGACCCAGAAGCCUUCGCACCAGGCUUUGCAGACCGACUUCAGGACUUUAUGCAGACGAUGAGAGCACUGCCAACGUCAUCACCUUCGUUCAAAGUGGAAGUCGCCGGGGAUAUGGAAAGACGUCACGAGGCGCUUGUGGAACAACUAGGGGGAAUCCCAUAUCACAAGAAUCAGAUCACUUUCGUGAACGAUCUAGCCGCCAAGCUUGGAGUGAAAACCGUCGACCUGGUUCAAUAAUUCCACAAUUUUUUUAAAAAAAAUUUUCAUGUACUUUUUGUAAGCAUAGGAUCUAUUUUCGUCAUGUAUAUUUUUUCCCGAAUUUUUUUUCAAUUUAUAAAUUUAUC